GAACAAUAACAGUUACUUCAUUCUUACAAUUUACUUUUGGCUCAAGCUUUGAAUAUAAUUUAGAACUAGAUUUCAUUGGCGAAAUAAAUCAGUAAAUAAUUAUUAUAGAUAGAACUCAACCUUGAACAUAUACAUAGGAAUGCGCAAUUAUUUUCUAGAAGUUUUCUUACCGGCAUUCAAAAAUCAUCAAUUAUGAUUUAAAUCCAGUGUUCCUUACUUUUUCAAAAGUGUUAUCAAUUUUAUCCAUUUAAUGCCAUCAUUUGAAGAUUUGAUAAAAAGACCAAAUAAAAUUCGUUAAAUGUAGAUACAUAAAUUAUAAAUCAACUGAAAAAUAAAUUGAUAAAUAUUUCAUAUAUUAUACAUAAAUUAUAUGUAAAAUAGAAAUUUUUAAAGCAAUCAGAACUAAAUAACCGUGCCUACGUGACAUAAAGGAGCAAGCAGAGGGCGUCGGCAAUGUCGCCUGAUCAUAGUUGACGAGUAGAGUGAGAGACGAUAGGGGAAAUAACUUGAAUUGUUGAAGAAGUAGCUUGUGUGGUAGGGAGUAGAGAACAGACUCGAACAAAAUUAGUGGAGGGAGUAUAGUAGGAAAGUAAUCCAUUGUAAGCUAUCUACCAUUUCUAGAUUUAGUCGGAAACCAGCUGCUGAAUACUGAGCAGUGAGAAAGAUCAAUGUAAGUUUAGCCAAAUGUAUUAGCGACUAGCAGUUAUUGCGCAUCUGCGCUUAUUUGUCACUUUUGUGCAAAAAUCUUAGCGACAAAGAGUAUACAUUUUAUAAAAUUAUCAAUAUUUUCCAAAAUAGUGAAGUUGAAUUACUGUAUACUCGCGAAAUUGUCCAGUCAACACCGUUCACAACAGUGUGUGUAGAAUACGUGAAUUUUAUUACGUUCUAUUCAGUUGAUGAUCGGUGAUGAGUUUUUGGUAUAGAAUUAUGUCAAACUCAUUUCAUCAUUGUUUGAAUUUGCUGUAGAAGAAUGAAAUAAUGACAAGGGAAAUCAAUGUAAAAUUGAACUUCUGAAAUCUGUGAUAGUAUCUAUUGGAGUGAUAUAAAAUAGUUCAACUGGAAUUCAACCAAUACAAGUUCAACGUCUUAUACCCAUUCUGCUCAAAACACGUCACUGAGUAGUCUUAAUCUGUAGAUAGGCUUUUUAUAUUCAUUUAUAUCUGUGAUACAAGAUUUCAACUAGUGGUUAAUUACUAUUUUCUGUGUGUUGUGAAGAAGAAAAAAAAGUAUAUAUUUUUCUUUCACAAAGCAGAAGGUUCUACAUAGGGUUAUUAUUAUUAUUGCUAUAUUUGCCACAUCGAGAGAUGAAGUUUUCAAAGGAAUAAGAUAAUGAGAUUGUGUUGAGUAUCAGAAAAAGCAUUAAUGAUCUUCAUGAAAAUCUUCCAUUGUCAAUGGAUCAAUGAAACAUAAUUUUGCAAGUAGUUAUUUUUGUAUAUACGACUGAGCUUUUUAUAACUAUCAAUAUUUAUCUGUGAAAAAUAAAAAUUGGAGCAAGAACAGUAUAAAUAUAAAUAAGACUUUUCUGUAGAAUUAAAUUUAAGUUUUUGCAUUUGUCCAAAAUUACUGUGUUAAUCUAUUGGAUUAAAAAUGGUUGAAAAAAUAGUAGAAGAAAACGACAAAUGUCCAAAUCCUGUUCGAGAGAACGAAAGUCGAAAUGAAGUCACUUCUACAGGAGAGUCACUGAGUUCAGUACAGGCACGUAAAGAAGAAGCUCGGCGUAGGAGACGCCGUAAAAAUCGCUCAGGAUCUUCUCUUGUAUCAUCGUGCUUUCAAGAGCUAUAUAAGCUAACUGGAGAAGUACUGGGGGAAGGAGCAUACGCAUCGGUCCAGACAUGCACUUCGCUUUAUACUGAUUUGGAGUAUGCUGUAAAAAUUAUUGAUAAAAUUCCUGGACAUGCACGUACAAGGGUUUUUAAAGAAGUUGAGACUUUCCAUCAUUGUCAAGGGCAUCCUAAUAUCAUCCAAUUAAUUGAAUUCUUUGAAGAUGACGAAAAAUUUUAUCUCGUAUUUGAAAAAGUUAAUGGCGGGCAAUUACUCAGAAGAAUUCAAGAACGCGUACAUUUCAGUGAAAGAGAGGCCAGUCAGAUUGUUAAAGAAAUUGCGGAAGCUUUAAAUUUUCUUCAUAAGAAAGGAAUAGCACACAGGGACUUAAAACCUGAAAACAUCCUCUGUGUUCAUCCUGAUAAACUAACACCAAUUAAAGUAUGUGAUUUUGAUCUUGGAUCUGGUAUUAAGUUUAACAAUUCACUAUCGAGUCCAGUAGCAACACCACAAUUACUUACACCAGUUGGAAGUGCUGAAUUUAUGGCACCUGAAGUUGUUGAAGCUUUUAUUGGCGAAAUCAGUUAUUAUGACAAACGUUGUGAUCUCUGGAGUCUUGGUGUUAUUAUGUACAUUUUACUAUGUGGUUAUCCACCUUUUUACGGAAACUGUGGUACAGAAUGUGGAUGGGAGAAAGGCGAAAACUGUCAAGCGUGUCAAGAAUUAUUAUUCACUAGUAUUCAACAAGGGGUGUAUGAUUUUCCUGAUAAAGAAUGGAGAGAAAUAUCUGAAGAUGCUAAAGAUUUGAUUCGCGGAUUAUUGGUCAAAGAUGCUUAUCGGAGACUGAGUGCAGAGUGUGUUCUCAAACAUCCAUGGAUUAAUCCUGGACCACCUGCUACUGUUGCUGGCAACAGACCACUAAUAACUCCAGAAAUUAUCAGAAGGAACAACUCAGCUCGAGAACUCUCAGCAUUUGCCGAAUCUGCUAUGGCAGUAAAUCGUGUUGUUUAUCAACAUUUCUCAGUUAAUCUUGAAGAUCUCUCAGAAAAUCGUGAGCCAAGACUUUCUACUUCUUCCACAGAUGAUGAUAAUCAUCCUUAUGGUCAUUUGUCAGAUUCCAGUAGUGAACUGUCUGAAAACAGUAAGCACUGUGUAACUCAUUCAUCAACAGAAUUUGACUCAAGCUUUCGACGUAAAUCAUUCUCCAUGCAUUCGAUAAUUGAGCUCAACGACACAAAAUUGACUACUGAUUGUCAACUUUACGGAAAAAAUUCAUUGACUCAACUUUUUGGUCUAUCACCACCGAGUGAAAGUAAACUCAUACAGCGUCGCCUCAAAACUCGAUCUACUCUUUUAGAACGUCCAAAUUCAGCCAUUAUUGCAUCACCAAGCGGCUAACAUAAAGGCAUCGAAUUAUUUUUUCAUAUCAUUUAUAUUUUUUCAAAAUUAAUUUUCAAUAUUAUUAUUAUAUUUAGCUGAACCGUAACUAAUAUAUAAGUAUGGUAAAACAUCCAAUGAUAAAAAAAAAACAAAAAAACAAUCAAUAACAUAAUAAAUGCCAUAAUAUUGGCAACUACAACGAAAAAAAUUUGAAGAUAUAACAAAGCAUACCAAUUACAUUUAUUGUUACUUUUAGCUUUAUUUUUUCUUUUCAUAAAUUUUUUUAAAAAUGGUUAUUUUUAAUAUUUGAAUCUGAUUGUAUAAUCAUUUUAUAUUUAAGAAAAUAUUAAAACAUCAUAAGAUAUUGAGUGAUGUAGUUUGCAAAGAAUCAGUAGAUUUUCUGGUUUAAGCUAAACAUGUGUAUUCAUUUGGUCAUCCUGCCUAAACAUGCUUUAAUGUCGUACUAUUAUACUUUUUAUUUUUCAUGAAAGUAACUUUUUUUUUAAAUUACUGUUAAAGAAUGAAAGUUGCUUAUAAGAACUUGAAAAUAUUGUUACAAUAUUUCUUCUUAUUUUUCGUUGAUGGUUACGCUAUGAAUUAUAUAUUCAUUUUCUUAUCAUUCGGUGUGGAUACCAUUUAUUUCGAUGUGUCAAAUCAAUAAUUUUCAAAAUUAAUGCUUUAUUAGCUAUAUUUUUUUAAGUAUGAUAUUAAGAAUAAUAAAAAUUUAAAAAAAUAAAAUAAUAAAUUCAUUACAGAAAGUGGAGGGAGUAAAAGUAUAUAAUGAUACAAUGAAGUUUACUGAGAACAGAGAUCAUGUAUGAAACAUAAUUAUUAAAAUUAUUAUACAAAGAGAAAACAUGAUUUUUAAAAACUGACAAAUCAUAAAUAUAUACUUGUAAAUAGGGGUCAGUCACCCAACAAUCGGCACUUUCUUUCUCAGCACUGCCUGCCUAAGAAAAGGAACUGAUGUUGCCAUGUAAUAAAAAAAUUGUUGAAAGAAAAAUUUGACAAAAACUACAACCAAUGAAAUGAUUAGUGAUAACGGUAGGGUAUAAUAACAUGUUUAAUGAAGAACGGUAAAAAUGGACGACAAUUGAAUAACAUACGCUCUGCUAACUUGGCAAUAGAAAGAUUUACAUAGAAAAAGUUAAAAAAAAAAACAAAAAAUAAGUAGAGAUAUAAUAAGCUUAUAAUUUAAAAACUUCGAUAACAAAGUACGAUUUAUGAAACUUUAGAUCAAAUAAUGUACGAUUUCCAAUCACAAAUCUUAUCGCUUAUCAAUCGGCCAUAAACUUUAUCUUGUCUAUUACAAAGAACGGAAAAUACUGAAAAUAGAUUGUUGACAAUUUUUUGUAAUUAUUUGAGUUCCGAAAUAGCCUUGAAAAUAAUUUUAUGGUAACGAUUUUUUUAUAUCUAAAGAUUGAUUAAAAAUGAUGAAUAAUUAUAUUUAUGAUUUUGUUAAAUGCAACAAUAUAAUGUAUAAAUUAUUAAUCACGUAGAAUGGAAAAUUGUAAAUUUUAAAGAAAAAUUCAGUAUUUCUAUUCUAUGAGGUCGAUAGUUUUUCAAAUUAAAAGUUGUAUUUAAAAAAUUUUAAUCAAAUUACUUCGGAAUUUUAACAUUGUUAAUGCGUUAUAGUUGCUGUAGAAUAAUAUCCUUCAGCUAUGUGACGACUAACUUCUAAUGUUAUUUUGAAUCUAACGUUUAUAUAUGCAGUCUAAGAUAUGAAAUUUCCAAACAUAUCGUUACUGUAUUAAUCAUGAGCGUAAUCUCAACUCACACCAUUUUUCAGCUCUAUGUGAAGAAUAUAAAUAAUUAUGACAUUGCAAUAAAAAACUAUUAGUUAACAGCAUAGAAAUUCUCUCUUCGUUCUAAUUAAUUUUUUUCAAGUAUUUAUUUUUAACAUAGCGUUCGAAUUUUACAAAAAUUGUAGGGUAUAUACGCUACUUAUAGCCACUCUUUCCUACAUGUUUUUUAUAAUGACCUUUAGUUAACAAGAAUUUGUGAAAGAAAUAUUCUUAAUUAAAUAAAUUUAAUGUGAUGUUGAAUUUUUAAUAAUUAGACAACUGUAUAAGUUUAUAUUGCUAUUUUUUAUUCAUGCUUAUAAUAUUUUUAUAAGUCAUGUUCGUAAUUUACAUAAUUAUAGUGAAUUCAAAGUGGUUUAGAGUGAAGCGUUGCCCUAUUGCUCUCAUGGUUUAGAUUCUAUUUUAUAAUGUGAUUUGCAUGAAUUAAUAUUGUACUGUGUCGAAGUAUUCGAUUAUAUUUUGAGAAAUUUCUAUUGCUUUAUCUAAUAAAAUAUGUACGAUACUCAUGUCAAACAGAAAAAAAUCUUUAUGCAGUGAUUCUGUUAGAAUGUAAUUUAUUUUUUAUUAUUACAAAAUUUCAUAAAAUAUUAUGGAAGAAAAACAUUAGAACGAGAGGCAUAAACAAUCUAGAACACUUUUAUCGAUGUUCGAAUAAGAUAGUUAAGAAUUAAUCAUUAAUAAAUUUUGUAUGCCAUAAAAACAAGAUUUGUGAAGUGGAUCAAACUUCAAUAAAUGAUAUGAUGUUUUUACGACUCCUUGGGAUACAUUCAUAAAUAUUUGAAAACUAUUUCUUCAGCAGAAGUAACUUGUGUAAACUAUAAGUAUAAUGUCGAUGUCGUUCCUCGACAAUAUAAAUGGAAUUCAAUCAUCCAGAGACAAGAGAAAGCAAAAACUCCAAAAUGAAAAGUACACGUGUAAAAACAAAGAAAUGUAUCAAUAAAAAGAUUAUGUAAGAAAAUUA